AUGCUUGUAUGGCCGGAUGGUUAUGCGCACAUCACACGUCACAUUAAGAUUGCAGCUGCAGCGAUGCUAGCUGGAGUUUUGGGCAUUGUUUCGUCUACGAACAUUAUUAUGACGUUUGGUGACUUGGACGGCAACCUGGUCGACGCCGAACAGUUUGCUGUUCGCGAUGCAAAGAACCGCGUCGCUGGCCUACUACUUCCAGACGAGGCCAUCUGGAUUAGCAACCACCAGAUAUAUACAGAUUGGGCAUACAUGUGGUUCAUUGCUGCACGCGCACAAAGUGCUGCAGCGAUGCACAUCGUGCUCAAAAAAUCGCUGCGCAAAAUCCCGGGGAUUGGAUUUUCGAUGGAGAUGUUCAACUUUAUUUUUUUGUCCAGAAAUUGGGAGCAUGAUAAGGAGGUCAUGGAGCGCACCAUGGCUGACAUCUCUUCUAACAAGGACGGGAAAACUAUUUUGUUGCUAUACCCAGAGGGGACGAAUCGUUCCCGCACUCAGCAAGAGCGAAGCAAUGCUUUUGCUGACAAAGCUGGCCUUCCGCGUCUCGACCAUGUCCUCCUCCCGCGCGUCACAGGCCUUUACUGUUGCACAAAGGUUUUCGCAGAAAGGUUUAAUAAAGUAUACCUGGUGGAUUACACCGUCGCCUACGAAGGGGUUGCGCAGGACGAGUAUGCUCCUGAGAAAUAUACCAUACGAGGCCAAUUAUUAAAGGGUCUCUCCCCGCCACGCGUGCAUAUUCACUGCGAUAUCGUCCCACUCUCGCAAAAUUUGCCGACGCUCACAAGCGCACGCACUGACAUGCCGCCGCUACAGCACGACUUGCCGAACAGCCCAGACGAUGAUGCAGGGAAAAAGGCGUUUGGCGAAUGGCUCUACGCACGGUGGGCUAAAAAGUCGCGCCUCCUCGAUACCUACUACCACACUGGUUCUUUUGGGGAUGCGCGUGCGUCUAUGGGUGCAGUCGAACUUUGCAGACCGAAAACGCAACACCUCGACAUCCCGUUUUGCCCCGCAUCUCUUGGAGAAGAACUGUGGAAUUUUGCCCUGCUGCCGCUUGGGCCGUUGCUCCUCCACCUAUACUGUAAACUCAUUUUUGCUAUUAUAUCGGUAAUAUUUGGAUAG